AUGGAGAGCGGCAUCAACGCAGACCAGAAUUUCUAUUCUAGGCGCCCGCUCCAUCAUCAUGCUACGAGUGCUCACCCACAACAGCAGCAGCAGCCCCAACCGCAUGGUCAACCUCUGCCUCAAGCUCAAGCUCAAGCUCAACCCCAAACACAAACGCAAACACGCCCUCGAUCUCAACCUCAUCCUCCCUACCAACAUCCGCAUCCGCAUCCGCAUCCGCAUGCCCAUCGCCUUUCCCACAAUCACCAGCCCCCGCCGCUCCCCGAUUUCGAGUCCAGCACCCCGUCCCCGCAACCGUCGCCGAAGCUGUCGGCCCUGACUGCUGAUAACCUUCAGGACUUCGCUGCAAAUGGGUAUGGAAAUGGGCUAGGCAUGGCCGAUGGUGACCCUGCCGAAUUCUACAGAGAGUACCGCGGUGCGCAACAGCCCGCCAACGGCUACAUAGACAUCGCGACAAACGGAAUGGCUGCAGCUACGUCCGUGUCUCGACCUGCGCCGUCGUCGUUAAGGUCAAAUGGAAAUGGCACGACUCCUAGGCACCCCCCGUUAGCUGGACGAAACAUGAAACCUUCAUAUCGCUCCGCCUCGUCCCCCCUCGAGGACAGAAUGGGACCCGACUUUGCAAGAUCGAAUGUAAUACCCAACGGCACGCCUAGAGCCCGACAGACCAGCGUCAAGGAGCUGCUCAAACGAUUCGAUCCGAACAAUGAACCCUCGAGUACCACGCCUCGCAAGCCCGCUCCUCGCAUGGCUGCAAAGGAUGGCAGUGCGCCAGGCGCGCCGGGAAAUGUGCAGGGAGUGCCUCGAUACAUGGCGCGGACAACUGCGAGUAAUCAUCAUAUAGCAAACACCACACGGGCAGGUAUGUCCACGAGAGAUGGCGAGGCAGGAAGAGUCAAGGCCCGCGAACAGCCGAGGACUACACAGAGAGCUAGGUUCGCGAAUGAAGAUCAGCUUUCAAACAAUACACUCUCUGGCGUUGCUCGCAGCCCCCGGUCCCGAAAUUCAGUCUCUGGAAGCAAUCCACAUGGCUCCCUAUCGAUGACCAAUUUGUCGCCAACGUCACCGACCUCACCACCCACCAAUUUCCCGUCCCAAAUGUCUGGGUCCGGAAAACAACCUUUGUUCGGGGAGGUGUUGCCUGCUGGACCAGGUUCGGAUAAUAUUGCAUAUGGGAUUCCUCACUCCGCCACCCGCAGAACCUCAGAUUCGAAUCUACAGCCCCCACACUGGGCAGUCCAUCGCAGUCGAUCAGAUGCAGAUGAUUCUCCGUCCUCCCCAACCGCAUGGUACCUGGGGGCCACGUCAGCACUUGAAGAUGUUAUCCCAAAUCAAUCUUCAUACUCCACUCCUGGUCAUAAUCGGAACCAUAGUGAUCUUGCUGAUAUGAAGGUGAACACUCUGAAAGGCGUUACCCCGUCUUUCCAGACCUCGACCACCACCCAGCCUACCUCACCGCAGCCGCGCACUGCAUCUAGAUUGCCAGUACGCACCAAAAGAUUAAGCAACUCCUCGGAGUCCUCUAGCCAACCGUCAACCCGAGCCGCCUCCCCAUUUGCGACAAAGACUUUUGCAAAUGGAAAGAAACACGGCCCUGAGCAGCACACAUGGAGUCCGGGUGGUCGUGCGACGACGCCGACGAGCCGUGUUGUUAUAUCCGCACAGAAAUCUCCUCGAGGUAGAGCUCAGAAAGCCGAAGCACAAAAGGCAGAAGCACAGAAUAAUUCUAGUUUGCCUGCCUAUAUCAAGUCCCCUCCAACCAAAACUUCCCCUCCUUUACGAAGUUCCCGGCCGAGGCAACCCGUUUCAGCUGCAACAACUACGAGUUCGAGGCAAAAGGCUAGAGAUCAUUCCACCUCGCCGCAAAACAUGCAGUCGGGGAUGAAGAUCACUCGCAAUGGCCGAUCCCAAGAGUCAUCAGCCGGAAAGAAACCAGAUCUGGCAUCUAUAGAUUUUGUGGCUCAAAGAGCUAAAGUAAAACGAGCAUAUACUAAGUCUAUCCAUGAAGCUGAGCAAAAGGAAAUUCGUGCGGCAAACAUGCGACGAUUGGAGGAGAGGCGCGCGAAGGACUCGGCUGCGCUGGCAAAGAAGGAAGCAGAGGCAGCACAGGCCGCCAUGGAAACAACUCCUAUACCGGCUGUUGAGCCGGAACCAGAGCAGGCACCAAAGCAGGAGCCAGAGCAGGAGCCAGAGCAGGAACCAGAGCCCGAACUGGAGCAGGAAGCAGAGAUAGAACGUAGUCCGCAAACGCCAUUGCAGAUCACCACUUCUUUCCCGAGGGCUGAGCACCUCGCGAUUCAGCGAAACAAUACUCAAAUGGAGGAAGACUCUCCCACCCUGGGCAUUCCUGGUAGUUUCGUUGACUAUGACGAGCCACCCUCUGCUGUAUCCAAUGCCACAGGAAUCACUGAAAUCGAAAACGAACCCCAGACCGAAGAAGCGCGGUUGCGCCGGAUACCGUCUGUAAGACGACAUGAGCCAAGCCGAUUAUCAAGCCAGAUAGUCUUUACAGCUGAUGACUUAAGUCCUGAGCAGGCACUCUUCGGGAUUAACCACGAGCAAGAAUCUAUUGAUAUUAUUCUUGCUCUUGCGCCUGUUGAACAGCCAGGACUGGGAUUGUCUCUAGGAGCCGAUGACCUGGCCCGAGAUCCCCCCCAAAAAGAUAUUGGCCUGGAUGAUAGACAUAGCGUGGAGUAUAAUCAACCGAUAUUUGCAUCGACGCUUACUACAACAAGCCCAGAAGCAUCUCCUCAACCAUCGGGAUCUGUAACACCUUGGAAAUCCGAUGAUAGCUAUGGCAACAGCAAGGACCAUCGCACUAAUUACGCUACGCACCCUAAUAAUAACUCAUUUCCGGACCCUCCACAAAUUUCCUACGCGACGGAAGUAGAUUAUGGUGUAUCUCCAGAUCAUCCUGAUGGGCCUCGGCUACAGCUCCCUACUCUAAGGACGGCUUUGGCGCCCCCAUCACUAACUGUCAGUGAAGCUGACUAUGACCAUUUGCACACCCCGGUGACUGAUAUGGAGGAUGAAGGUUCUGAGGAUGUGGGAAUAUCCAGUUCGAGUCGCCAGCUGGCCUAUGAUAGCAAUCAGCCAACCCGCCCCGCUUCUCAGGUUAACCGUUCCAGUCACCAGUCGUCCUGGACUGAUUAUUCCAUGGACUCUGCGCAGGAAUAUCCUGGAGAAGCAGAUUUCUACAAACCCCCUUCAGUGUCAUCGAAUACGGAGAAUCAUGCUGCAUUUUCUCAGGGAGAGCAGUUAGAAUCCGCCACACCCCCGGUUCCGCCAAAGCCUGAAGGCUAUAGUCCAAUCCCGUCUCCUGGAUUUGCCAGACAUGCACCCCGUGUCCCUAGUCCCACCGGCCACCAGUUGCCUCCGAUAUCGACAGGUGAUGGAUUCGCUGUGGGCUUUUCAGAACAUUCCAGACUCAGUGCCACUUCGGCCCCUCUAUGGCAGGAUUAUUCUCCCCCGCCUCACACAGCCCCUGAACCUACCAAAGACCCCCCUAUUCUCCCACCAACCCGCUCACCACCGCCCCCCAAUAUCCCCAGCGUGCGCCCACCACCCGACGAUGACCAAGCCAACCACAAUGGACCUGAUUAUAAUUCCGAAUCUGGACGCAUUAGCGAUGAUAUUUAUUCCAACCGGCCUUCCGAGUCCGAGUCUCGUUCUAGCACCCAGAUACCCUUUGAGGAAGUAAUUAUGGCUCAUGCAACGUCCCAAAAGGUUUCAAUACCGGAGACCGAGGAGGAGAAAGAAGCUGCGGCAAAGCAAAAGAAGCGGCUGUUCCGGAGACGAAUGCUUAUCAAGGAGCUUGUUGAUACCGAGUCGGUGUAUUUGAAGGACAUGAAUGUAGUCGAAGAAAUCUACAAAGGCACGGCCGAAGCCUGCCCUAAGCUUGAUGCUAGCGACGUCAAGACCAUUUUUAGGAAUUCGGAUGAGAUAGUUGCCUUCUCGACGACGCUACUCGAUGAUUUGAAGGUUGCGGCAGUAGCCGUAUAUUUGCCACGUGCUCAAAAGUCCAGACAAAGUAAAGCAACGUCGGUCUCCCCAAGUCCUGAUGAUAGGCUUUCGACAGCAACCACAUUGAACGAGGGCCUGCAGACAGACGAGCAAAAGGACCACAGAACGUUUGUUGGUGUGGCCUUUGGCAAACAUCUUAAAAAAAUGCAACUGGUCUAUACCGACUACUUGAAGAACAGCGAGACCGCCAGCGCACGGCUGUCAGCGUUGCAGAAUGAUGGCUCGGUCAAAGUAUGGCUGAGCGAGUGCAAUAUUGUUGCAAAGGAUCUGACGGCCGCCUGGGACCUUGAUGCUUUGCUCGUCAAGCCGGUUCAGCGCAUCACUCGCUAUCAACUCCUCUUCAAAGAGAUGCUUGAGCAGACUCGCGAAGACCAUCCGGACUACGAGGCUUUGCAGGUUGUUGUCCGAGAGUUGCUUGCUAUGCUUAGGAACAUUGAUGAGCUGAAGAAGCGUAUAGAAAUGGUGGGCAAGAUCGUCAACCGCAAACGCAAAGAUUCUGAUGUUCGAACUGGGUUGGCAAAAGCCUUUGGCCGAUCAAGAGAGAAAACCGCCGAGAAGCUUCAGUCUAAUGCAUCACGCGCUCAAGACGAUGAAAUGUAUCAGAAGAUGCAUGAGAGGUAUGGUGAUGAUUAUUUGCGACUGCAGGUCGUGCUGCGCGAUGUCGAAUUCUACACUCGGCAAAUCUCCAUAUAUGUCCAUGAUUUCUUACGAUAUCUCUCGGCUAUGGAGCUUGUAAUGCGCCUGAGCCCAAGUCAAUGGCCGGAAAUCGAGAGCAAAUGGGCUCGCUUCAAUAUGUCUAUGAGGGACAUGAGUACGGUGGCACUGGAGGAACAUGUCACCAACAUUCGAGUCAGAGUGAUCGAGCCUUUCGAGAAAGUCAUACAGUCUUACGGCCCUCCUGGUCUUGCUAUGAAAAAGCGCGCCAAGCGCCGCAUUGACUAUGAGAAAUCCGUUCUCUCCAAGGGUCCCAUCCCAAUCAAGCUCAACGAUAAAGAUUCAACCAAGGUCGAUCAGUAUACAGCAUUGAAUGAGACACUAAAGCUUGACCUGCCAAAGUUGUCGGCACUGACUGAGAAGCUGGGUAAUAUUUGCCUAGGCAACUUUGUCGUGAUUCAGUGCCAGUGGUGGGGCAUCUGGCAGAAGAAGGUUAGGACCGUCCUGGAGGAAAGCCAGAUCCCGAAGGAGGUUGUCGAUAUCGUGAACAUGUUCAGUCGUGAUUACACAAUCAUCGACGCUCAGACUAAAGAAUUGGGCAUCGUCAACGGCAAUUUUAACGGCAUCGCUGUACCUAAGUUGUCAGAGGGCGAUAGCAGGAAAGGCCGGCCGUCAAAUUUGUCAAGUCGAUCUCGUGGACUCUCGCUCAACAGCGAUAUGACUCCUAGCCUGCCAACACCGGAAUUUCCCAAGCGUCUCAGUGGCCACUUCGCUCUGUCGCCAACCGCGUCCACUACGCCCAAUGCGCCUCAGUUUGCUUACCAGCCUCAAGCAUACUCAGCCAACCACUCUCGAGCCGGUUCCGGAUCUCCUGCUACGCCUGAUACCUUUUCUCAGCCGCGGCCUUCAGCAUCAAGUUUAGCUAGACCUAAUACGGGACGCAGUUUCACAUCAGAUAAUGGUGGACAACGGGCCAGCAAUGACUACAAUUCUCCCUACCGGCGCGAGUCAGGUUCAACGUACAACUCGACCUACCACAUGGAUGGACCGCCAGUCUCUACUCGACCUUAUUCUGGCAUCUUCCAUUCAGCCAUGCCCAUGCCUGAUGGCCCGGAGGAUAGCCAGCGAUCUUCAAGGAACUCGUCCCGUGAUCGAAAUGUCUCAGGUGGCUAUAAUGUGCUCUACUUAGCUGCCAGUCUAUUUGAGUUUAAUAUCAGUGCCACCAAAACGGAAGCCGGAUACCCCUAUCUGACGUAUUCGGCUGGUGAAAUCUUCGAUGUCAUUGGUGAAAAGGGAGAGCUCUGGCUUGCUAAGAACCAGGACGACCCAUCUGACACCGUGGGUUGGAUCUGGAGCAAGCACUUUGCGCGUCUAGCGGCGGAUUAA